AGAAAUCUCAUGACCUGCAUGCUGAUCUCAUUUGGGGGCGGAAUGUUUGGUUCAAGCCCUUUUACGAAUCACAACGGGUGCCAAUACGACACCAGAAUCCGUGCCCCUCAGCCCCGCACCCCAGCCCCACUCCCCUUCCCAAGGUACAGCCCCAUAUUUCAAAAUGAUCCAGCAUACUCAAUGUACUAAACCAUACUUGUGGUUUAGUCUGAGUGGAAUGGAACAGCAACUGAUUGUAUCCAGGAAUAGAGGGUGUCCCCUCAAGUUUUGCAUUCAUGAUGAUGAAUGGAAAUUCGCCAGCAAUAAAAUAGGGAUUCCUGCGCUUAGAGAGGCAGUCACACCCGAGCAGUCUCAGCGGACAGGAGUCGUACCCAGGGAAUCCCGACAUGGCUAAGGUCCAGCUGGCUGUGAUGUGCUUCAUGUUCUCGGCAUUUCUGCCGUGCCAGGCCCUCCAUUGCUUGACCCAGUGCUGCAGCGAGACCGAAGUCAAUCGUGUCGGGGAACGCCUUGUGUCUGGAAUUCACAAACCCCAAAUUAAGGCUACAAACAGUUAUCCCGCCUCUGAGUGUUGGGCAUCAUCAGAAGGAGACUAUGGCCAGCGGUCUGUCUCUCCAUGGAGAUACACGCUCGAUCACAACCCCAACCGCUACCCACAGUACAUUCGCCAGGCCUACUGUGCCUGCCCGAGCUGCAUCUCCCUAGCAAAUGGAACACACCACGGCAGAAAAAGAAGGUACAGCAGAGAGCAGCCGAACGGAAACUCUGUAAUCAUCAGCUACAGCACCCUCGUCUUCUAUCGGGAGCCUUGUGGCAAAGGUGAUCAGUUCCUCCUGAGGCCGUCCUUGGAGACCGUGAACGUGUCCUGCGCAUGCGUGGCAGCACAGCGGUGGUAACGGAGCCUGCU